CCCAUCUCUCCUGGCUUCCCUUGUGGCCCAGCCCACCCCACACACACACCCCGGAUGCCUUACGGGGCAGCCCCACAGCAGGCAAGAUGGACAGCGGAGGGACCCAGAGUCUCAAGAUCAGCGAGGCAGACGCCAACUGGGAACUGAUCCGGGACAAGGUCAUUGAGGAGCGCUUCGGGCCCACUGUGGUGCCAGUCCCCUUCCUGGAAGACGCCGCCUCCUACGACCUCCUGACGGUGCUGAUCAAGAAGCCGCAGCUGGGGCAGAACCUCCUGCGCAGGCAGUGCUGCCUGGUGCCCAUCGGGCCCCUGGAGAGCCUGCUGCCCGGGGGCCCAGCCCCAAAGGAGCUGACCCACUGCACCCGCGAGUACAGUGCCCGGGUGAGGGGCGAGUCCCGCUAUGAGGAGACGCGACUGGUGGAUGGGGCCCUGCGUCACAUCCGCCUGUGCCUGGCUGGCGUCCAUAAGAAGGUGGCCUUCUUGGUGCUGCGUCCCGGGACGGUGGCCCUGCGCCCGGACCUGCCGUGGCUGCACUCCCAGAACAGCCUCUAUGUGGUGCACGAGGUCUUCUACGCCAGCAGCCUCUCGCUGGCCGUCACCCAGGAGGCCGAGCACCGUCACUUCAUCCGGGAGCAGCCCCUCCCGGUGGCCUUCUCCUGCCUCAAGUUCGCCCUCAGCCACAAAGGCGUGCUGGGCUCCCAAAAGCCCAUGGGCCACAACCUGCCUGCCAGGGCGGCCUGGGUGAGGAUGGCCGUGCUGGAGGCCUCUCCCCCAGCCAAGGCUCUGGAAGGCCCCCUGCCCAGAGAGGGCUUGGCCCUGCGCAAGCGGUGGAGGGCUCUGGGCAGGCCCCUGCGGACAGUGACAGGGAAGUGGCCCUUCAGACAGCGACGGCCCAAGCUGGGGCUCUUCUGCAGCAGCCUGGCUGACCCCGAGAGGCACUGCAUGUCCCUGCCCCUCCUGCAGAGCAUCGCAGCCACCGAGAGCGACACGGAAGAGUGACGUGGACAGCAGCAGCCCCCCCCAGCAAUAAAUUGCCUUGUUUCGCAUGCAGCAACGCCCAGACUCUGGCCUGGCUGGGGGGGCUGUUCUCCAGACAGGGGGGGCAGCAGAGUCCCUCCAGCUGAGACCCCGGAGGACAGGAUCAGCCCUGUGAUGGGUCCCGUCUCGGAUCCUUGGCAACCUGGCACCGGGGGGGGGCCUUACACAGCACAGCUGGGCAAAGCCCUGUUGGGGAGCUGGAGGUGCCCCCCCAAUAGGAAAAGAAAAGAGCAAGAGGGUCCCUGCUUUGGCGUAAGUUGCCCCUCCCAGAGGCACAGGGCUAGAGAGAGGGAGAAGGGCUGAGAGAGUGCUGGGCGUGGAGACCAUCUUGCCCAAGGACCCCCAUACGGGUGGGCGAGGGGGCAGCCCCAUCCAAGACACAG